CAGCGGAAGCGGAAGCGGAGCCUGGACCGUGUUUCUCCUGAGCGAUGAUGGCGGAUUUUGACCAGGAGCAGGAGGAUUUUCUGCGCGAGCGGCACGUGCGUUUCUUCCAGCGCUGUCUGCACGUGCUUCCCGAGAGAUACGCGCCGUAUGAGACCAGCAGGUUCUUCCGACUGAAGACGAAUCUAAUCUCAAAGUUAAACUGCUCGAGUCGAGCUGUACAGUAUGUGAUGUGUGUGCCUGUCUCUCCGCAGGGCCCCGGGGCCCCUCACCCGUACGACAGCGGCCACGUGGCCAUGACCUACACGGGACUGGCGUGUCUGCUGAUCCUGGGUGAUGAUCUGAGCCGGGUCUGUCGAGACGCCUGUCUGAGUGGACUCCGGGCGCUGCAGCUGGAGGACGGCAGUUUCUACGCUGUUCCUGAAGGCAGUGAGAAUGAUAUGAGGUUUGUGUACUGCGCCGCCUGCAUCUGCUUCAUGCUGGACGACUGGUCAGGGAUGGACCGGCAGAGAGCCAUCGAUUACAUCCGGAGGAGCACCUCGUAUGACAGCGGGAUCGGUCAGGGAUCUGGACUGGAGUCUCACGGCGGGUCCACCUUCUGUGCCGUGGCGUCUCUGUGCAUGAUGGGAAAGCUGCAGGAGGUGUUCAGCGAGCGAGAGCUGAAGCGGAUCCGGCGCUGGUGCAUCCUCCGACAGCAGAACGGUUUCCACGGCCGGCCCAACAAACCUGUGGACACCUGCUACUCCUUCUGGGUCGGAGCCACGCUCCAGCUCUUAGACGUGUUCCAGUACACAAACUUCCAGAAGAACCGCAGCUAUAUUCUGUCCACUCAGGACCGGCUGGUGGGCGGCUUCGCUAAAUGGCCCGACAGUCACCCAGAUCCUCUCCACACGUACUUCGGUCUCUGCGGUCUGUCUCUGAUGGGAGAAGCGGAGCUGAGGAAGGUUCAUCCGGCUCUGAACAUCAGCGAGCGAGCGUUUGAGAGUCUGCGGCAGCUGCAUGGAUCCUGGAGGCAGAAGAGCUCGUGACGUCUCCAUUAAUACGCUUCGAGAGUCAGUGUUUGAUCAUUAGUUUCUGCCUUACAGACCGAGGAACUCGCGCACAGACGAGCUGAUCCUGGACUAUUAUGCACUGUUUUUUCUGUUUUAUGCUUUAUAUAUAUUUCUGUUUCUUAUUCUUUCUGUGAAAUCAUCGUCCUCUCUUGAAUGUGCCUCAGAUGUCUUUCAGAUGUUUCAGUGUCUCUAAACACACAGCAUCUUCACUGAAGACACUUGAAUGUGUUUCAAGGAUCAAAUAAUGAAAUUAUUUUUUCUAUACUGUAAUAUCAAGUGUAGAAGUGACAGUCACACUGCUCGUAUUUUAUUAUGAUGUAAAGUUGAAGUGCUGAAGCGAUGGACUGCGAGUGUCAAUAAAUGAAGAGCUUUUAUCAUGUCUGAGAAAUAAGCAAUUAAGACGCUGCUGCUGAGACAUAUGUAUUUAAUAAAGGUUAAAUAAAGGAAUUGAGUUUUCAACA